AUGGAGCGGCGAAUGGACGCUGCUCUCCAGCAGAUUGAGCAAGAGGCCAGCCUGCGUACUGAUCGUCACAUUCAGGUCAUGCGCGAAGACAUGCACAAGUACGUGGAGGAUCGUUUCCAGGUAGCCAUUCGGCGCUCGGACGACACUGCGUUGGCGCUCGUACGAGAAGAGCUGAAAACCCGCCGUGCGGAUCACCACGACCCCAUCACACGGUCCGAACACGGGUUGUCGAGUUGGUCCGAGGGAUCCUGGAAAAGUACGAUAGCGCUACAAGGGUCCGUCAAGAACAGGAGCGCGAAGCGCUCACAGAUCGUGUUGAGGCGCGGCUUCGCGACGCGGUGGUAG